UUUGCCUUUGCCUGGGCCUGGGUCUCCGGCUGCAGCGUACGUGUCGGGACUGCGGACGCCUUUUGCCCAGUUCCCCUCCCCUUCCCGCGAUCCGCGAUGGGGCGCACGUCCAAGGACAAGCGCGAUGUUUAUUACCGGCUGGCCAAGGAGGAGGGCUGGCGGGCCCGCAGCGCCUUCAAGCUGCUCCAGUUGGACGAGGAAUUCCAGCUCUUCAGCGGCGUGAGGCGGGCCGUGGAUCUCUGCGCCGCCCCCGGGAGCUGGAGCCAGGUGCUGAGCCGCAAGCUCGGGGGGUCCGGGCCGCCGGCCUGCAUCGUGGCUGUGGACCUGCAGGCCAUGGCUCCCUUGCCUGGGGUGGUGCAGAUCCAGGGGGACAUCACCAAGGCGUCCACGGCGCAGGAGAUCAUCGGACACUUCGAGGGGCAGCCGGCGGACCUGGUGGUGUGUGACGGCGCCCCGGACGUCACCGGGCUGCACGACAUCGACGAGUACAUCCAGGCGCAGCUCCUGCUGGCCGCCCUCAACAUCGCCAUCCACGUCCUGAAGCCCGGCGGCACCUUCGUGGCCAAGAUCUUUCGCGGCCGGGAUGUCACCCUGCUCUACUCGCAGCUGCGCCUCUUCUUCCCCGACGUGGUGUGCGCCAAGCCCAGGAGCAGCCGCAACUCGAGUAUCGAGGCCUUCGCCGUGUGCCGGGGCUUCAAGCUCCCGGCCGGCUACAUACCCAGCAUGCUGAACCCCCUGCUGGACCACAGCUACCACGGGGACUUCAACCAGCUCGAGGGCCCCACGCGGCUCAUCGUGCCCUUCCUGGCCUGCGGGGACCUCAGUGCCUAUGACGCUGACCGCACUUACCCCCUGCAGCUGGAGGGGAGCGCCGAGUACCGCUACACGCCGCCAGCCCAGCCACCCAUCCAGCCGCCCUACCAAGAGGCCUGCAAGCUCAAGAAGUCCGGGGGUCUGGGCCGGGCCAUGCUGCAGCCCGGGGCUCUGCCCGAUGCCCAGGAGCAGGCUGCUGCCCAGCCUGAGAAGGAGGGCGAGCAGGCCGUGACCCCAGCCCUGGGUUCCCUCUCCCUGGACCCCUAGGGAGGAGCCCUCCCAAAAGGGCCUCUGGAAACUUAUUCCUAUGGACUUGGGGGGAGGGGGUGGUAAUCCUCAAGGUGAAAGCUCUUCCUUUGGUUAUUCCUCCUAAACAUAACAGAGUUUUAGUUGGGAUUGGUAGAGGUGGGAGAGAAUAUUAUACACACACACACACACACACACACACACACACAUAUGCUCUCAGGCACACAUAUUUGAAAUUUCUUAUUUUUGCUAGAUUUUUAUCUGUUUUCUUUUUAAAAAUUCAUUUCAUCGAUGUCUUUUUUCUGUGUUGCCUGAAUUCCUUUCAAUAUCCAUCCUCCCAGUAAGCCAUUCCAUAAACAAUAGAAUUUUUUAUUUUAACAAAAAGGAGGAAGAGAAAAGAAUCAGCAAAACCCAUCAAUACUUGGCAAAAAUCUGAAAAUACAUGCAAAGUUACAUAGGGGGAAGCUCCUACCUCUGCAGAGUGGUAUGGGAAGGUGUCUUCUAAUGUCUCUUGGGACUAUGUUUGUAAUUUGUAAUUCUACAGCAUUCUCUUUCAGUUAUUUUGUGGUUGUUAGAAUUUUAGUUGUAGUUGAAGGGUUUUUUUUAGAUUUUUGCUUCCUGGAAUAGGAGCUAACCAAGCAAGUGUU